GGGGUCCUUUCCCUGUGCCCGCUCGCCCCAAGGUGCCUGCGGAGCUCGGCGCGGGCCGCGCGGCGGGAGCGGCGCGGGGGCGGGGGGAGCGUCAUGAUGGUAGGCAGGACCAGCGCCAUCGCCGCGGGGCUCUGCGGGGCGCUCUUCAUCGGAUACUGCAUCUAUUUCGACCGCAAGAGGCGGAGCGACCCCAAUUUCAAGAACCGGCUGCGGGAGCGAAGGAAGAAACAGAAGCUUGCCAAAGAGAGAGCAGGACUUUCCAAGUUGCCUGAUCUGAAGGAUGCUGAAGCGGUUCAGAAGUUUUUCCUUGAGGAGAUUCAGCUUGGAGAGGAAUUAUUAGCUCAAGGUGAAUAUGAAAAAGGUGUUGAUCACUUGACCAAUGCCAUUGCUGUAUGUGGGCAGCCGCAGCAGCUACUACAAGUUCUACAGCAGACUCUUCCACCACCAGUGUUUCAAAUGCUUCUAACUAAGCUCCCUACAAUAAGCCAGAGAAUUGUAAAUGCACAGUGCUUGGCUGAAGAUGAUGUUGAAUGAGGUCACACCACAACGGGGGGAAAAAAGUUUUCUUACCCCAGAAGAUGAGCAUCAGUAGGGGGAUGAAGGGGCAAACAUAGUAGUUAAUGGACUGUGUACCACAUCGGGUUCUACCAGAGUUAAAAUUAACUUUGUGUAGGUGGGUUUCGCAGGAUUUUAUUUAUUAUCCCAGUGAAAAGUGUAUUUUGAUAAGAAUUCAUUUUAUAAAUACACUGUGUUGAGUUAUCAAAGUAUCACUAACUUCAUUAUUAUUAAAAUAUGCCAUUGUAAUGUUGUACAUAUUACAACCUAUUAAAAACCCAAUGCUCAUUUUUGAAAAAACAAAGUUAUGGCAAUAAAGAUUUAUCUGUGCUUGUGUGUCCCUAUAGUACUACUUUAAAAUCCAGAAUAUUUCGGUGUCAGAGCAAAUGAUCUAAAAAUGACAACAUUAAAAUUUAUUUUUAAUGUUAUAGCUGGUCUUCCAAUACUUUUAAUUAAGUUUAAAACUUUGUGUAAUUUCCUGAGAAAAUAAAUAUAUGAUCAUUUAAACAGUAACAGAUCACCUUAGAAGGAGAUGCAAAUCACAAUGGUAAGAGAUGACUGGCUGCAGAAAGAAUGACAAAUCCAUUUCUGUCAGGAACAAAAACAUGUAUAGUGAUCAGUUCAAAAUUACUGGCAAACUUGAAAUCUCUGUUAAUACAGGCGUCUGAAACAAAGCUGUUUGGAAUAGAACCUGGGCAUAUUUUAAGAGCACAAAAGUUGGUGUUUUUUGGAAGGCUUGAAACGUUGCAAGAUAGUUGACAUUUCAAUCUGUAGUCUUCAAGACCAUAGCAAAUGGUUGUUAACAGUCUUUUAAAGGCAUUUGCCUUAAGAAAAAAAAUUGCACUGAUAAGGUAAGACAAUUAUAUCCCUAGGGUAAAUAGCAAAAGCUAAUGGAAUUAGAUGUUGUGCAAUUUCAAUAUGGUGUAGUAAAUUUUCCUUUGCCAACAAAAAGAAGACAAAUAAUAUACAGCAGGCUCAAGUGAGUAGGAGAAAUGUACUUAGGAAAGCAAGUUUUUAAUGGGUAGGAUCUUCUAAAUGUCAAAACAGACUGGCUUCUGCUGUUCUCUGGGUUUGUGCUAUCAGCACUUAGGUGGCAGAAGAAACAAUUAAAAAAGUAGCUUUAGCUUUUUGGCACAGUGACUCAUUUUUAACUUGAGUAGAAUGCUUUGAGAUGUCUUUCAGACCAGCUGACAGUACAAAUGAUACUGCUAAAUUAAUAGUAAGGUGUUAGGUGGCAUAAUCUUGUAGAAGUGAGCUAUGUUGAGAACACUCUAGCCAACUCUGGCUUAUUUCAACACACAGGAUUUUUGGGAGGUUAAGUGGAUAGUUGAUGGUGACCUAGCAGUCAAUACCUGGGUUUGGGAAUAGAAAUGGCUCUUACUGAGUCAUUCUGCUGAGAUUGUUUGCUAUGGAAUAGGUAGUUUCCCCUUAAGCCCUUGAAAAUAUUAUUUCCAAAGAUUUGAGAUGCUAUUGAAAUUUCCUGUAAUGUGAUAAAUACUGAAGUUAGUGGCUGGUAUCAACAAAUGUUUUAAAACAACUGAAUGUAGUUUAAUCUUUGUGCUUGAAUUGUUCAGGUAGCAUAAGGUAAAACGUAGCAGCCAUACUCUUCAGGGGACAGCGGCCAGCGUGCUCUUUUCCUUUUAAUUUAUUUUACAGGGACAAAGUUAUUUUGCACUUAAUAAAAAAUAUUUUAAUGAGGCUUUUUGAAGGAGUUUUUCUUGUCCCUUCUAACCCUUAAGAGUUAAAAGUAGGAAUUUGUCAGUUAUGCUGACAGAACUGUUAGCAUAUUUACCUUCUGUUUUGCUGGUUACUUCAGCCUAUCUUUUUAGUUCAGCUUUUAACAUUGUUUUAAGGGAAAUAAAACCUCCAUCCUGCCUUGAAAAACAAACCCAAACAGCACAUGACUAAAGUAGCACCCUUCUGUCAAACCUGAGCAUUUUUCUACGCUCUUUGGUAUACGAUGACAAUUUGAAUUCACAUUUUAGCUUACAGCAAAGCUCUCCUGAUCUGUGUUUCAUCAAACCUGGGUGUCAAUUCUGAUUUUGAUGGAAGGCUUGGUGACAGUCUCAUUAUAUCGAUAAAUGGUAUUUGCUGUAAUAAGCAUCAUAGACACUAAUAUUGCUUUAACAUUUUCCAUUUUCUUGAGCCUGCAAAGUUAGAUGCAAACAAAAUUUAAGACAGUAUACAUUUAAAAUGUAGCCUUACAUGCAAAUUUAUUCUCAUAUCUGAUAACCCACAAGUACUUGGUUAGUAUGCUAGAGCAAGCUCUGGUACCUGUUUUGAGUGCCUUGGACUAACAGAGUGGAAUGCUGAAUCUUUUUAACAAGACUUGAAUUUUUUCUUCUCCCCAAAUGUCCCAGUGAAGCUAUACUGUACAAUUGUGAAGACUUGGAAGAUAUUGUCUAGAAUGCAAACUUGCUGUUGCUCCAAGAGCAGCAGUCUGACAGAGGUACAGCCAAGCACCCACAGUCCACAGAUGUUUCAGACUCAAGCAAAGACACUGCUUUCAGACACUAGCAAAGUACAGGUCAUCAGAAGCGUGGUGGUAAUGAUGGAUGUUUCUGCAUCAGCAGUAGCAAUGCCAUUGCAUUAGCUGUGCACAGUGCUGUACAUUUAGUUUCACUUGUGCAAAAGAAAAAAACUGUGGAAGUAAUCCACAAUUCCAGUUCUGGACUUGCUGCUAUGGAGCUCACAGCUGCUGGAGAAAAAAAUCUGUAAUCUUACUUUACUGCAGGUUAAACUACAAGUCCUCCCAGAAAGAACCAUUUUCCCUUCUGUGCUUCUCCAAGAAAAAGGCACUUGUUUUCAGCACUAAAAGAAUUUCUUAUAAAGAAACUGAGAGGUCUGUUAGUUUUAUGUUGGGAAGUCUUUUGUCCUCGGUUAUGAGUUUCUUGGGCAGCUUUUAUAGAAAAAAACCCCACCCAGCUAGUUUCAUUAUCAUGCAGGACUACCUUUGAUGUCUCACAUUUAAGUCUUCUAGAUAAUGGAAUCAAAUCCAAAACCAGAGUGGUCAGGCACACACUGAAUCAUGUGGCACUAAUUUCCUUUCCCUGGGGGCUGACACAAGAUUAUUGUUGCCCUUAACAUGAAAAAUUGAGAAGUCCCAGCCCUGCUGUGUAGGAGGCCAGCCAGCCAUCAUCAAAGUAAAGCUCCAGCUAUUUAUGCACUCAAAGAAUCUUUCUAAAGUUUCACUUGUACAUCUCUUGAUGGUGUGUUUGAAGUCCCUUAGGCUGAACAGUGGCCCUACAUGACUGUUGUGUUACAGUUAACAUGAGUUAAACAUCAAGGGAAUCUUUGAAGUGGUCACUAAGUGCUUUUAGUGAUUGUUUCAAAGGCAUGUUGUGCUGCACACCCAUGCUUCUGUGUUUUUAAAUGUAUGGACAUUAAAAGGGCUGAUGUGAAAAGAACAAAAAAAAAUUCUGCAAGGUUUCUGUUGUACCCAAGUUUUGGUUUGGUUUUUAGUUAGUGUGUUUACACUGACCAGCAUAGCUUACAGUAUUCUCUGUGCACUGACCAAAAGCCUGUUGCAAAAAGCAGAAACUGGUGCUUAAUUCAUGAGAACUGGGCUAGCUUUCAUCAGACGUGCGCCAGAAACUGAACUAGUCUGGGUAACAGUACUUGUUUUCUGCAUUUAUACCAAACUCAAACUUCCCAAAGAAAAUGUGAAUGUCUAAUGCUGUUCUCACAGGGCAGAGUUUGCCACAUCCAGUGUAUGAAUGUGUGAGUGAAGCUGUACAAAACAGCUGGCCCUUCUGUGUUAUUUUUUGUACCAAACUGUCCAACAUGCUGGCACUAGAUAAUGGGCAGCUUUUUUGAAGUACAGUGCUUUCCAUAUGUUCUUGAAAAGAAAACCCAGGUUCUCUCUUCCUUCCCUGCAGUAGGGAUUAGCUUUAAAGAAUAUUUACUGGACAUCUUCUGAUGAGCUCACUACCCUGCUUUCUAAUUGUUCCUGUAACUUAACAGUCCUUAACCCUUAAAGGCCUCUGAGCUAUAAGCUUUUGACUCUAAGCAUACAGUUCAUUUAUUUGAGCAGGUCUUAAUCUAAACAGCAGAGGGCAGUUUUGCACACACAUUUUGUGCAAGCUCACCCUGCAAAAUCCUAAUUUUUAGAAUCUUCCUGUCUGGUGAGGUAAUGCAAUGCAGCAUUUUGUCCAGACAGAUUUGGUAUGGUGUAUAAGACAGGCUCAGUGGAGCAGCAGUGGAAUAUGUUUCUACUGAUAAUACCUACCUUUGGCUUUUUAAAAUCCGGUGUGUUUAAAUUGUUGUGAUGUCAUGAUUAGGAGGAUUUCCCUCUUUCUCUCCAUCCUUCAAUACAAACUAGGUAAAUAGAUAAGCCAGCUGCAUUGCUGCCAUACAUCUUCAACUCUGCAACAAAAUGCAACUGCAUCUGAUUGCCAGGCAUGCAAGAGAAGUUUUCCCUGCCCAGCUGUGAUUAUUCUGGGUGAGCUUUGCUAGCUGGAGUGAAAGGAAUGCACCUUUCACAGUUAACUGCAGGAGGGGUGGAAGUGAAAUCUGCAUCUUGAGAUUUUGCCUGGAGCUGGACUCUGCCUGUGAUGGGAGGAGAGCCAACCAAAAAAAUAAAGAAGCAAGAUAUUAUAGGUUGGUGACAGGAUGCAUUUUCAAUGCUGGUUGAAUUUCAGCUGAUGUUGACAAAAGCUACUCACCCUGUUGUGAUCUUGCAGCUGACAUGAAGUGAGCUGGUCUCAUAUUUUGUCUCUCUCAUGCCUUGGAGGCAGCUGUUUGCAUUGUAGCAGCACCCUGGCUCAAAACGGAAUCUUUACUCCUACAUCUCAAAAGUGUUUUUUCUCUUCUUCCUGGUCUUUGUUUGGGGGGUGGGGGGGGAGUAAAGUAUAUGUAUGCUAUACAAGUAAAUGGAAAUUUUCCACCCUUACAGCCGUCAAUCAGCAUUUUUCCAAACAUUCAACUUAUUAAUAAGAAAUUCUUCCGUCUGCUCAACACGUGACAACAUCUUGAGAAAGCUGUUUAAUAAGAGAUACUGUGUGAAAACCAUACUUCUUCUCUUUCCUUAGGUCACUCUGGCCAUAUUACACCCUGUAACAUAGCCUGGAAGAUACAGAAAUUUGCUGUAAAAAAACAGUAUUUGCCUGUUUUGGCAUGUAUGUAAAAGAGCAUUUCCCUGGAGCUCUGAAACAUUAACUGGUUAGCACCUCUUGUUGUAUUUAAUAUUAUUUAAUGAAAAAGAAUGUACAUUCAGCUUUGAUUAAAAUAACAAUGAUUAUUGCAUGAA